AUGGAGCUCCACAAUCUUGGAGGGUGCAAUGUCCUGAUCCGUGGGUCUGAAGCUGCCCAGAGGCAGAUGUGUAUGAAAACCUGGAGAGUUGUAGCUGUCUCUUCAGCUGAAGGACAGUCCAUCCGACCACCAUUUCAGCCAUUGGGGGUAGUUUUGUGGUCCCCAGACAUCGGGAUAAUGGAACAGGAAGAAGUUGUCAAGAUCACAAAAGUCAGUGGAGCCCGGGCUGGUGCAGGAGCCUCAGCGGAACGGGGGUGCCGUCCUGGGGACGUGCGCCCGGCCAAGGAGCACCUACCCCACUUCCCUGCUGCUCCCACCCCCGGCAGGAAGGAUCCCUGCGCGCCCGUCCCGCCCUUGAGCUUCGGCCCGCAGCCGCUCCAGCCCGGAAAAGUAAGACCCAGGCCCUUCGGUAUGACCCACCUGCGGACCUGCCAAGUCCGCCAACUGCUCCACAACAAGUUCGUGGUGAUCAUGGGCGACUCGAUCCAGCGCGCCGUGUACAAGGACCUGGUGCUGCUGCUGCAGAGGGACAGCCUGCUGUCCUCCCGCCAGCUCAACACCAAGGGCGAGCUGAGCUUCGAGCAAGAUGUGCUGCUCGAGGGCGGCAGGUGGGGCCGCAUGCACAAUGACAUCUACUACCGCGAGGUGCGCCAGUUCUGCACCGGCCACCACCUGGUGCGCUUCUACUUCCUCACGCGCGCCUAUUCGGCCUACCUGGAGGAGGUGCUGUGGGCGCUGCGCUGGGACCAGUACGCGCCGGACCUGGUCGUCCUCAACUCGUGCCUCUGGGACCUGGCGAGGCACGGCCGCCACUUCCACAGCCGGUACCGCGAGGACCUAGCGUGCCUGUUCCGCCGCAUGGACCGCAUGCUGCCCGAGUCCUGCCUGCUGGUGUGGAACACCGCCCUGCCGGUGGCCGACGUCGUGUCGGGCGGCUUCCUCCCGCAGCGGGCCCUGGCCGUCCCGGGCCGCCUGCGCGACGACGUCAUCGAGGCCAACUUCUACAGCGCCGUGGAGGCGGCCCGCCGCGGCUUCGACCUGCUCGACCUGCACUUCCACUUCCGCCACGCGGGCCGGCACCAGCUGCGCGACGGCGUGCACUGGGACGAGCGCGCGCACCGGCGGCUGUCGCAGCUGCUGCUGGCGCACGUGGCGGAUGCCUGGGGCGUGAACCUUCCGGGCCAGGAGGACGAUGGCGAGGGCGCUGCUGCCGCCCCCGGAGGCCGGCGCGUCCCCGCGCACCGACGCCACGCUGCGGAGAGCAGGAGGCAGCCCCACCGCCACGACCACGACGGCCAAGGGGACCCGCGCGGCUUGGCCGCCCGCGGGCGCCCGUCGCCUCCCGCGCGCCGCCGCAGCCCGAGGCGCCCUCUGGAGCUCAGUCCCCAGGAUCUGGACGGCGCGCGUCCUCCCUCCGCCCCGCCUGCAAGGCGUCACUCCAGCGGCAGCGACUACUCCAGGCGCCACGAGGAGUUCAGCGGUGGGGCGACCCCCAGGGCAGGCCGCGAGCCCGCGCUGGGCCCCAUCCGCAGGGUGAGCAACCCAGAGCGACAGCGGGCGUCGCGCCCCUACCCUCCCCAGCACGCUGGGGGGUCACUGGAACACCGUCACCAUCGCAGACAGCUGCAGCAUCCCCACAACCAUGGCCCGAGCGGCCAGACCUCCAUCUAGGCGCCUUUCCCUGCGUCUUCGGUGCCCUGAAGCUGGUUCACCGCAGCCUCGCUGGGCAAUAGACUCUUGGUGUGUCAUACAGUCAUCAGCGAACAGCC